UAAUAUACAUUUUGGUUAUAGAAGUAAUCAUCAAGUUUUGAAAAAUGUUAAUAUGAAAGUACCCAUUGGCAAAAUAUUUGCAUUGUUGGGACCAAACGGUACGGGAAAGACAACCUUAAUUCGUACGAUAUUAGGCCGACUACGGUGUUCGUCGGGUUCGGUCAAAGUUUUCGGUCUGAGAACCGGAACACACGAAUCGGAUAUUCCCGGACCGGGGGUCGGCUAUAUGCCCCAAGAGUUGGCACUGUUUGAAGAGUUUACAAUAGCCGAGUGUCUUACUUAUUACGGUACAAUCUAUCACAUUGGCCGGGACGAUAUCAAUAUCCGUAUCGAUGCCCUAAUCGAGUUGCUAAACUUACCGGAAAAAACACGGCCAGUCGGCCGGCUAAGCGGUGGCCAACAGCGUCGGGUAUCGAUUGCCAUAACAAUGAUACACAAACCGAAACUUAUAAUACUGGACGAGCCGACUGUCGGUGUCGAUUCGCUACUUCGGCGCCGUAUUUGGGAUUAUUUAGAAGAUAUUUGUAAAAAUUUUGGCCAGACAGUAAUCAUAACUACCCAUUACAUUGAAGAGGCACGAAGUGCGUCGACGGUUGCCUUUAUGAAUAACGGAACUAUACUGAAACAAUCGGAUCCCAAUCUAUUGAUGUCUCAGUACCAGUGCUCGACACUGGAGGAUGUUUUCCUCAGAUUGUGUCAAACAGAUAUCCAGCGCCGCAAGAGUCGGCAAAUUGAUCCGGCAAUAUUGGCCAACAAUUUCAAUAACGAUAAGUCAUCGAAAUCAGAUGACACCAAUGAUUUGAUUCAAAAACACGACUCAAAAGUAUCCAAUCAGCACGUGUUCAACAAUUCAGUGUUUGAUUUGACCCGUAUUAGGGCCAUGUGCUGGAAAUACUAUACCCUAACCAAACGUCGGCCGCUAUUUCUGUUCGGGUUUUAUUUAAUACCGAUGAUUGCAUUGAUAACAAUGAAUCUGACAAUCAGUAAGAGUCCCUAUAAUAUACCGGUAGCCAUUUAUAACCAGGAUGUUAGCAAUGAUGGCCGACUGUCCCAAUUGUUUAUCGACUCGAUAGACAAAGAUUAUAUAGCCCUCAACUAUUUUACCGAUAACCAGUCGGCCUACGAUUCAAUAGUUGCCGGCAAAAACUCGUUGUCCAUUGUUUUUGGUCAAAAUUUUUCGGAUGCAUUUGAAAUCCGAGCCAACGAUCUGUUUGAUUUGUCCGAUGACGAAGUGGAUGAAAGUGGGAUCAAAGUGUAUAUCGAUUUUUCAGAUGCAGCUAUCGGUGCCUUUGUAUUGAAAUAUCUAUUGCAGGCAUUCAAAUCAUUUUUGGAUAGCCUGACCGUAAUGUUAGGCAAACGUGACCUGUAUCGGGCCCUAUCGCCCAUACAUAUUGUCGAAACCAUUUACGGUGAUUCCAGUCUCGAUGUUACCACACAUUUUGGUCCAUCAAUAAUGAUUGUAUUGGCACAGGUACUACCCAUGGUAUUGUCAGCUUUUCAGAUAGUAAGCGACCGGAAAAACAGUAGUUUCGAGCGGGUAUUUGUGGCCGGAGUUAAACCCAUCGAGUAUUUCAUAGCACAUAUGUUACAGCAAUUGAUUAUGUCGGUUGUGUUGGUCAUCAUGUGUAUGGCCAUUGCGUUUGGCGUCUUUCAAUUGACACAAAUUGGCAGCUAUUUUGAAAUUUUUAUUAUGCUAUUCCUCCAGACAGUGGUCGGCAUAUCUAUUGGACUACUCGGCGCUCUGGUUAUGGCCGAUGAAGUAUCAGUUGCGGUCAGUAUAUCUGGAUUUAUGCUUCCCUUAUGGAUAAUGUCAGGUGUUUUAUGGCCAUUGGAGGCGAUUCCCGCAUAUUUUCUCUAUGCAUCAAAACUAAGUCCCAUAACAAUACCAUUAGAGGGCAUGCGAUCAGUUAUGUUGAGAGGCUGGUCAUAUAACCGGCCAGUUGUCUUCUAUGGCUAUUUUGUUAGCUUAUCCUAUUCACUAAUAGUCAGUCUAUUAAAUAUUAUAUUAUUUUAUAAAUUUACUGAUAAGGCAUUUACAUGGAAUGUAUGGAAAAGUUCAUAA